UAAUCCCCUGGAACGGCCGCGCCGAACGCCAUUGGCUUCUCCCUUCUCCCCGCUCCGCCGCCGCCGCCGCCGUCUCCCACCUUCGCCUCUCCGCCUCCCUCUCCGCCCGCUGCCUCCGGAGCUGGGGGGGAAACGCGAAGCCCCACUGCAAUGGAGCCCGCCGCCGCGGCGACGGCGCAGCGACUCCCGGAGCCCAGCGGGGAGGACCGAGCUCCUGCUCCGGCGGCGGCUCUGGCGGCGGCGGCUGGGGGCGGCCGGAGCCCGGAGCCCGCGCUGACCCCGGCGGCCCCGAGCGGCAGGGCGCGGGAAGAGGCCCCCGGCGAGGCGCAGCCGGGGCCGCUGCCGGGCAGGGCGGGAGGCGCGGGGCGCAGGCGGCGGCGCGGCGCGCCCCAGCCCCCCGCCGGCGGGGCUGUCCCGGGGCCGGGGGCUGGCGGCGGCGCCAACUCCCUUCUGCUGCGGAGAGGGCGGCUGAAGCGGAAUCUGUCCGUGGCCGCCGCCGCCUCGUCGUCGUCGUCGUCGUCGUCCUCGUCCUCGUCCUCGUCGUCGUGCUCGGCCGCCGCCGCCUCGCACUCCGCGGGCGCCGCCGGCCUGUCCGCCUCCUGCUCGGCCUCGGCAUCGCUGUGCACCCGGAGCCUGGACAGGAAGACGCUGCUCCUGAAGCACCGGCAGAUGCUGCAGCUGCAGCCGUCGGACCGGGACUGGGUGAGGCACCAGCUCCGGCGGGGCUGCGUGCACGUCUUCGACCGCCACAUGGCCUCGACCUACCUGCGCCCGGUGCUCUGCACGCUGGACACCACGGCCGGCGAGGUGGCCGCCCGCCUGCUCCAGCUGGGCCACAAGGGCGGCGGCGUGGUGAAGGUGCUGGGCGCCGAGCCGCCCCCCGACGCUGGCCCGCGGCUGGCGCCCGCCGAGCCACGGGACCCCGGGCCUCCUGCCGUCGGGGGCCCGCCGCGCGCGCCUCCCGUCGACCUGCCGCUGCCCGGCGGCCCCCCGGCCGGGUGGGCGCGCCGAGCCUCCCGCGCCAGCCCCGCGCCCUCGGACUCCAGCCCCGGCGAGCCGGGCGCCCCGCGGCCCCUGGACGGCGCGGCCGCGGGCCCGGCCUCGGACACCGAGAGCUUCAGCCUGAGCCCCAGCGCCGAGAGCGUGUCCGACCAGCUCGACCCCUACAGCAGCGGCGGCGGCUCCGCCUCGUCGUCCGAGGAGCUCGAGGCCGACGCCGCCCCGGCCCCGACGGGGGCUCCGGUCCAGCCCCGCCUGCCCGGCCGCUCCGCGCAGCCCCGGCCCGGAGCGGGCGCCCGGCCGCCUUCCCCGACGGCCUCCCCGCCGCCGCCGCAGCCGAAAGCGCCGAGGGGCGUCGACGGCCCGGCCGGGGCCGCCCGCGAUCGACUUCGGGAGGAGAAGGCGACAGCAGCCGUGGCCCCUGGCCGCCCCCCGUCGACUCCGGGUGGGCCCGGGGCCACCCCGGAGAAGGCGCUGCCGCCGCCCACCCUGUACGUGCAGCUCCACGGAGAGACCACCCGGCGCUUGGAGGCGGACGAGAAGCCAUUGCAGAUCCAAAAUGACUACCUCUUCCAGCUGGGGUUUGGGGAGUUGUGGAGGGUGCAGGAGGAGGGCAUGGACUCGGAGAUCGGCUGCCUCAUCCGCUUCUAUGCAGGAAAACCUCACAGCACCAGUAACUCUGAACGGAUUCAGCUCUCAGGAAUGUAUAAUGUCCGUAAAGGCAAAAUGCAGUUGCCAGUGAACCGAUGGACCAGACGCCAAGUCAUCCUGUGUGGGACCUGCCUAAUAGUAUCAUCUGUGAAAGACAGCUUGACCGGAAAGAUGCAUGUUCUGCCGCUAAUUGGUGGAAAAGUAGAAGAAGUGAAAAAGCACCAGCACUGUUUAGCAUUUAGCUCCUCUGGACCCCAAAGCCAGACUUACUACAUUUGUUUUGAUACAUUCACGGAGUAUUUAAGGUGGCUUCGACAAGUCUCCAAGGUUGCAUCACAGCGUAUUAGCUCAGUGGACCUCUCGUGUUGUAGCCUGGAGCAUCUGCCUGCCAACCUCUUCUACAGCCAAGACCUCACUCAUCUCAAUUUAAAACAAAACUUCCUAAGGCAAAAUCCUAGCCUACCAACUGCCAGGGGCCUCAAUGAGCUACAAAGGUUCACCAAAUUGAAGAGUCUUAACCUUUCCAAUAAUCAUUUAGGGGACUUCCCAUUAGCAGUCUGCAAUAUUCCGACCCUGACUGAGCUGAAUGUGUCCUGCAACGCCCUUCGUGCAGUCCCGGCGGCCGUCGGAGUCAUGCACAACUUGCAGACAUUUUUGUUGGAUGGAAACUUUCUCCAGGCCCUUCCUGCUGAGUUGGAGAACAUGCAUCAGCUUAGUUAUCUCGGUCUUUCUUUCAAUGAAUUCACUGACAUUCCAGAGGUAUUGGAGAAAUUAACUGCUGUGGAUAAACUUUGUAUGUCUGGAAACUGUAUGGAGACCCUUAGGCUACAGGCUUUGCGAAAAAUGCCUCACAUUAAACACGUGGAUCUAAGACUGAACAUACUUAGGAAGCUAAUAGCAGAUGAAGUGGACUUUCUCCAGCAUGUCACUCAGCUUGAUCUGCGCGACAAUAAGCUUGGUGAUCUAGAUGCUAUGAUUUUCAACAACAUUGAAGUUUUACACUGUGAAAGGAAUCAACUGGUGACGUUAAACAUCUGUGGCUACUUCCUGAAAGCGCUCUAUGCCUCUUCUAACGAACUUGUUCAACUUGAUGUUUACCCAGUUCCGAAUUAUCUGUCCUACAUGGACGUUUCAAGGAACCGCUUAGAAAACGUGCCUGAGUGGAUAUGUGAAAGUCGAAAGCUGGAAGUUUUGGAUAUUGGCCAUAAUCAAAUAUGUGAACUUCCUGCACGCUUAUUUUGUAAUAGUAGUCUCCGGAAACUACUGGCAGGACACAACCAGCUGACGAGGCUUCCUGAAAGGCUAGAAAGAACCUCAGUGGAGGUCUUGGAUGUGCAACACAACCAGCUCCUGGAGCUACCACCGAACCUUCUGAUGAAGGCGGACAGCCUGAGAUUUCUGAAUGCAUCUGCGAACAAACUGGAAACCCUUCCUCCAGCCACACUUUCUGAAGAGACGAACAGCAUCUUACAGGAGUUGUAUUUGACAAAUAACAACCUCACGGAUAAAUGUGUGCCCUUGUUAACAGGACACCCCCAUCUGAAGAUCCUUCACAUGGCCUAUAACCGACUUCAAAGCUUUCCAGCAAGUAAAAUGGCAAAACUGGAGGAACUGGAAGAAAUUGAUAUCAGUGGGAAUAAACUGAAAGCCAUCCCAACAACUAUCAUGAAUUGCAGGCGCAUGCACACCGUGAUCGCUCACUCCAACUGCAUUGAGGUCUUUCCUGAAGUUAUGCAGCUCCCGGAGAUCAAGUGCGUGGACCUGAGCUGUAAUGAACUAAGCGAAGUCACUUUACCAGAAAACUUGCCCUCAAAACUGCAAGAACUAGACCUCACUGGAAACCCCCGACUUACCCUCGAUCACAAAACCCUGGAACUGCUGAAUAAUAUCCGCUGUUUCAAGAUUGAUCAGCCUUCAGCAGGAGAUGCAUCUGGAGCCCCAGCUGUAUGGAGCCAUGGUUACACUGAAGCUUCAGGAGUGAAAAACAAGUUGUGUGUUGCAGCCCUGUCGGUGAAUAACUUCUGUGACAACCGGGAGGCCCUGUAUGGUGUAUUUGACGGAGACCGUAACGUGGAGGUACCCUACCUUCUCCAGUGUACUAUGAGUGACAUUUUGGCAGAAGAGCUGCAGAAAACAAAAAAUGAAGAAGAAUACAUGGUCAAUACGUUCAUCGUUAUGCAAAGGAAACUCGGAACUGCUGGGCAGAAACUUGGAGGUGCUGCUGUCCUCUGUCAUAUCAGGCAUGACCCUGUGGACCCAGGAGGAUCCUUCACCUUGACCUCUGCUAAUGUGGGCAAGUGCCAAACGGUUCUCUGUCGGAAUGGGCAGCCGUUGCCUCUGUCCAGAUCGUAUGUCAUGAGCUGUGAAGAAGAACUGAAGAGAAUUAAACGGCACAAGGCCAUUAUCACUGAGGACGGCAAGGUGAAUGGAGUGACGGAGUCCACGCGCAUCCUGGGCUACACCUUCCUCCACCCCAGCGUGGUGCCUCGCCCCCACGUACAGUCUGUGCCCCUGACCCCUCAGGACGAGUUCUUCAUCCUAGGAAGUAAGGGCUUGUGGGACAGCCUGUCCAUCGAGGAGGCUGUGGGGGCUGUGCGGAAUGUGCCUGAUGCCCUGGCUGCUGCCAAGAAGCUGUGCACGCUGGCCCAGAGCUAUGGCUGCCACGACAGCAUCAGCGCCGUGGUGGUGCAGCUCAGCGUCACUGAGGACAGCUUCUGCUGCUGCGAGCUCAGCGCAGGUGGGGCUGUCCCGCCACCCAGCCCAGGCAUCUUCCCUCCCUCCGUCAGCAUGGUCAUCAAGGACCGGCCCACCGACGGGCUGGGCGUGCCAUCCUCCAGCAGCGGCAUGGCCUCUGAGAUCAGCAGUGAGCUGUCCACCUCCGAGAUGAGCAGUGAGGUGGGGUCUACAGCUUCUGAUGAGCCCCCAUCUGGAGCCCUGAAUGAGAACAGCCCUGCCUACCCCAGCGAGCAGCGCUGCAUGCUCCACCCGGUCUGCCUGUCCAACUCCUUCCAGCGCCAGCUGUCCAGCGCCACUUUCUCCAGCGCGUUCUCUGACAAUGGCCUUGACAGCGAUGAUGAAGAGCCAAUUGAGGGUGUCUUUACCAAUGGCAGCCGAGUAGAGGUAGAAGUCGACAUCCACUGCAGCAGGGCCAAGGAGAAGGAGAAACAGCAGCACCUGCUCCAGGUGCCAGCGGAGGCCAGCGAUGAGGGGAUUGUCAUCAGCGCCAACGAGGAUGAGCCAGGUCUGCCCAGGAAAGUAGACUUUGCCACUGUGGGGACCAUUGGCCGCCGGAGGGCCAACGGCUCUGUGGCGCCCCAGGAAAGGAGCCACAACAUGAUAGAGGUAGCUACAGACGCGCCUCUCCGAAAGCCUGGAGGCUAUUUUGCGGCCCCGGCUCAGCCAGACCCUGAUGAUCAGUUUAUCAUACCCCCAGAGCUGGAGGAGGAGGUCAAGGAGAUCAUGAAACACCACCAGCAGCAGCAGCAGCCUCCAGCACAGCUCCCCCUGCAGCAGCCACAGCGGCAGUGCCCGGCAGACCCGCUGCCAGACUACUGUGACACACCACUAUGACCCGCCCGAGCACUAUUUAAGAAAUAAACGAACCAGGAAAGACUGAGUUGCAAGAGUCUCCCAGGCUCACGUUAAACCAGGGGUACCCACGCCCUUCUCCCAGACACUUCCCCAACUGUCUCUGCAGCUAGGCUCCAGGGUCUCCUCCUGUUGGUCCUUUUUUUUAAUAAUUACCACUUUUCUUCUAGUGAUGCUUUACCAAUAUGAUUGAAAUCUGUUAACUUCUUCCCCUAACAUAUCAGAUGUGUAAAGACAAAGAGCAAAAGGUUUAAUAUAUUAAGAGAAACAGUUAAUGAUAAUGUAAUAUUUUUUAAAAUGGCUUUUUGUUGUUUUGUUUGUUUGGAAGGCAGGGCAGGUUGCCAGUGCUAAGUGAUAUAAUAAUAUUGUAAUUCUGUAUUUCUUCGGGGGGAAAAGCUUUUUUUUUUGUCUUGAAAAUGAUAGACAUUUGUAGAAUAUGGAGACUAACUCCUAGGAGUUGCUUUACUCUGUCAGGUGACUUAAGUCACUGGGAUUCACUAAUUUUCUCUGAGAGAACAGUUGAUUGAGAAAUUUCUAUUGUAAAUAGCUCAGUGUUGUAUAGUGAUGCUUCAAAUGUUUUGUAGUUUGGCACAAGGACACAGCCUAAACAACUGACUUUCCUCUCCCUUCCCCUCUGAGGAGCCUGCCUGCCCACGCCCGCCCCAUAACCCACGUUUAGUUCAUUAAAUGGUGAGGCUGGGCAGCUGAGAGCAUUUCUGUUCAGAUAAGGUGGAUCUUAGGCCACUGGCAACGAACCUGCACCCAGGGGGCCUCUGAACCUUUUCUCCUCCUCUCCUGUCCCCACCCAGCCUCUUGACUUUUGCAGACACUUUUUAAUUGUGUUCCUUGCUGCUGCCACAAUCAGCAUGAUUGUAUAGAGUUCAAUUAGAUCAUUUACAUACCAAGAGUUAUAUUAAAGCAGAAUGCACAAAUGAACAUGUCAUAAUUUUUGUUAUAAUAAAUAUAAAAUUUACAAGUAUUGCACCCA